CAUCAUGUCUUCUCCUCCCUACAUGUAUCUUGCAUGUCCAUACAUGUUUCAGUAGGCAUGGAUAACAGAAGAAGUAUGCCAUUUCUCUCUCUCCUCCUCUUCUUGAUCCUCUCUCUCAAGGCCCAUCUUUCCAAUGGUUCAGAUUCCAUCUCCCCAACUCAACAUCUUAGUUGGCCACAUAACCUUACCUCCCAAGAUGGGAAAUUUGAACUGGGUUUCUUCACUCCAGGGAAGUCCCAAAACUACUACAUAGGCAUCUGGUACAAACAAGUCUCAGAACAAACAAUUGUCUGGGUAGCCAACAGAGAAAACCCCCUCCAAAACCCCUCCAAUUCAAUCCUAAAAAUUGCAGAAGAUGGCAAUCUGGUCCUCCUCAGCCCCUCAAAAUUUCCAAUCUGGUCCACCAAUCUAAUAUCCAAGCCAUUGAAUUUGACUGUUGCCGUCCUCCUAGACACUGGAAAUCUUGUUCUGAGAGACAGAUCCAAUUCCUCUUUGGUGCACUGGCAGAGCUUUGAUCACCCAACUCAUACAUGGCUGCCUGGAGGGUGGCUUGGAUUGAACAAGGCAACGGGCGAAAACCAGCGGCUUACUUCGUGGAAGAACUCGGAAGAUCCAGCCCCUGGGCCGUUCUCUCUCGAGAUUGACCCGGGCCAGACCACACAGUAUUUUAUCAUGUGGAAUGGGAGUAAAAUUUACUGCACUAGUGGCAAAUGGGAUGGGGAAAUUUUCGACUUAGUCCCUGAAAUGCAUUUGAAUUACAUAUACAAUUUCAGCUUCAUCCAAGACGAACACAGGAAGUAUUUCACUUACUCGAUGAAAAAUUCUUUGACGCUUUCGAGAUUCGUGAUGGAUCUUUCGGGCCAGAUCAAGCAGCUUUCAUGGCUGGAAGGCAUCCAUUCAUGGAAUCUAUUCUGGUCGCAGCCGCGAUCUCAAUGCAAGGUUUAUGCACUUUGCGGGGCCUUCGGGAGCUGCAACGAGAAGAGCUCGUCAUCCUGUUCGUGCCUGCCUGGCUUCGAGCCCAAGUCUCCAAAGGAUUGGAAUUUGGAGAGUUGGUGGGGUGGGUGCAUGAGGAAAACACAUUUGGGGUGUGGGCGGAAUGGGUCGUUUGAGGGUGAGAAAAACAGGUUUUGGGCUUUGCCCAACAUGAAGCUGCAAGACCCCUUGCGAUCUUUGGAAGUUGGGAGUAUCAGAGAAUGUGAAUUGGCUUGCUUAAAUGACUGUUCUUGCACUGCUUAUGCUUUCGAGAGCAGGUGCUCGAUAUGGAGUGGAGAUUUGUUGAAUCUGCAGCAGCUUUCUGAUGAAAAUGUUGAAGGCAGGACUCUUCAUCUUCGUCUUGCUGCCUCAGAAAUGAAGAUUUCAGCGAGUAGGAAGGGGACCAUUACACUGGCUGUUGUGGGUGGAGUUGCAGGAGUUGUUUUUCUAUUGGGUAUCGUUCUGUUUUUUAUUUGGAGGCAGUGGCAGCAACAGAAUAUGGUAUGUUCAGAGGCAGUUCAAGGCAAUUUGAUUGCAUUUAGCUACCGAAGUCUGCAGAUCGCAACGAAGAAUUUCUCAGAGAAAUUAGGCGGCGGAGGUUUCGGUUCUGUUUUCAAAGGGACUCUGCCUGAUCUGACGACAGUGGCAGUGAAGAAGCUUGAAGGGCUUGGGCAAGGAGAGAAGCAGUUCCGGACAGAGGUGAGCACGAUCGGGAUGAUCCAGCACAUUAAUCUCAUCCACCUUCGUGGAUUUUGCUCAGAGGUGGCUAAAAGGCUGCUCGUCUAUGAUUACAUGCCAAAUGGGUCCUUGGAUUCUCAUCUAUUUGGUAAGAAUUCCAACGUCCUGGAUUGGCCAAUGAGGUACCAGAUUGCAAUUGGGACAGCGAGAGGAAUAGCUUAUCUUCACGAGAAGUGCCGAAAUUGUAUCAUACACUGCGACAUUAAGCCAGAAAACAUACUUCUGGAUGCUGGGUUCUGCCCAAAGGUGGCGGAUUUUGGACUGGCGAAGCUUGUUGGGCGGGAAUUCAGCCGGGUUUUAACAACCAUGAGAGGAACUAGAGGCUAUCUUGCACCUGAAUGGAUUUCAGGCCUGCCAAUCACGCCGAAAGCCGAUGUCUACAGCUAUGGGAUGAUGUUUUUCGAGAUCAUAUCAGGGAGGAGGAAUACUGAGGAGUCGGCAGUAGGGGGAACAGUGUUUUUCCCAAUUUGGGCUGUGAAUAAAAUCGAAAGUCGUGAAAUCCAUUGCUUGUUGGAUUACAGAUUGGAGGGAAAUGCAAACAUGGAAGAGCUCAGUCGAGCUUGCAGAGUUGCAGGAUGGUGCAUUCAGGACGAUGAGAAUGAUAGGCCUUCGAUGGGGCAGAUUGUUCAAAUCUUGGAGGGUGUUUUGGAGGUGAACAUGCCACCAGUACCAAGAUCACUUCAGAUUCUCGCAGAAAAUCAGAACAUGGUUUUAUUCUCCGAGUCUUCAUCAUCUCAGGCACCAAGCACUGCUUCAACGAAUUCGCAGUCCAAAACCAAGUCGUCGGUAAGUUCCAAGGAGUGAUUAUUGUCAUGCGACGUCUCAACCAUCCAAAAUUUCCAAUUCAAAUCAUGGAGUAGAAAUUAAGUUUGCUAAAGUAGCUCUAGUUUGUUACAGUAGGCUGCGUUUGGUUGUUCAAUUGACUUCAAUUGCAAUAUUUCAGUAGAAUAAAGCAUAAAUGACCACCCUUAGUGACAGGUUGGAUCUGGAUUUACGGUUUAGAUUGUUUCAGGUCCAACUCGAAAUCAAGGAAUCUCAAUGGUACUACCCCACGAAAAGCUACUUGUUCUGUAUCAGUUCGAUUAUUGCGUUUCAGUUGAAUUGAGGAUCCAAACGCGCCUUAGGCUUCCUUGAAGUCCUAUAGAAAUAAGAGCUACAUGAGAUAUUAUUGUUUUAGAUUACUAUUGCUGGAUUGAAGUUUCGAGUUAUACUAGUGGGAUUCUAUCA